UGGGGUCACCCAGAAGUAGGGCACAGGGCGGCACACAAUGUGAUAGCAUUAGUGACGCUGACUUUGUUUUUAUCCGCAAAGGGUAGGGAAAUAGUUGUUUAGAGCAUUUUAAAAGUUAUUAUCUAUUUGUGAAAUAAAUAAUUUGGUAGAUGUUUUAUUUGUAACGCGCGUAAUUGAGCUCAAAUAUGUAAUUAGCGGGAAAGUUAUAUCUCUGCAUAAUGAAUGAAAUGAUGAAAAUUAUUUGAAGAAUGUGAUUAAAAUACGCUGUAUAUACAUGUAUAUAUACCCUUAAAAGACAAGCUCAUUCUUCAAAAUUAAUUUUAUUUACAGUUCCAGUGGUAGAAUCAAAUAAUCUUUAAGUUUCAAUUCUCAUUUACUCAAAGGUGUAGAAGGGUUUGACUCUUACGCUAUGAAUAACGAAAGUAGGCGCACAAGCAAGUUUGAUGGAAUCAUUGAAACUGAAUUUAAGAAAUGAAUGUCGAUCUACAAUAUUUUAUAAAUUGUUCCUUACACCAGAGUUAGUAUUCAACAUGACAACCGCCACAACGCCCAAAGAACUUGAAAAAUAUGUCAUUAUUGUAGAGAAGUCCCAUGUUAAGCCUAGAGACAAAACAUCGUUUUAAAAAUGUUGUGAAUGAGUAUCUUUUUAGAUUAAAUGCAACGUAUUAACCGAUUUUCAAGUCCGCUUUUUCUCUGGAUGUAUUAAAAUUGAUAAUGAAAUUAUACAGCUAAUCAUGAGGAAACGGUCCUCACCGUCUGAUCUCUGAUGAAUUUUGAAUCAAUUAUUUCGACCAUUUGAAUUUCCAAAAUCUACCGAACAAAAAAAUAUUGAUGUUUUAGUAAAAAUAUUUAUGAAAAAGCAAUUGCCAUAUAAAAAAAUAAUUGAAAAUUUGUAUUUCAUGUACCAAAUAAUUUCACAAUAGAAAAGAAGUCUUUUUACUUCCAGUGCUCUGCUUUGCCAAUGAUGAAAAGCCAUGAUUGAUUGAUUCUGGAAAAUCCAAGCAGUCAUUUAAAGAACCUGAAUUAAACUAUAAAAAAUUGUAUUUUUUUGAAGUGCUUUUCAAUUAUUAACUUCAAUUUUGUAGGUGAAAAAAUAAUAUUCAUAACUUAGUCCUUUUUGUCAGGUGUAAUUAACAUCGGGAUCGGUAGUCUUCCUCGAAAAUGAAAGAAGGCUUUUCAGUUUGAGAUGGACUGUUGUUGAUAUUUGAUUAUGUCACGUGUGCGGAAUAUACGAAAGUUAUUUUCGGUUGUGACGUCAUUACCGAAAAUCAAUAGGUUUUCCACUUCAACUCUCCACAUGUCUAAUGUACAGUUAUCAGUAACUCCAAAUGAAGCUUUAGUUGAUGAGAAAGUCAACAUCAGAGUGGAUGGACUGCCCAAGAAUGGACCAAUCACAAUCAAAGCCUCAUUACAAGAAGGGUCCCUGCGAUUUUCAUCAUAUGGAUGUUACACUGCAACAGACGAAGGUUCUGUCGUUGUUGGGGAACAAAAAUCUCAGCUAGGAACUUACAAUGGUAUUGAGCCUAUGGGAUUAUUUUGGAGCAUGAAACCUGAACCCUCCUGCAGACAAAAUGUAAGACUGCUUAAAAAGGACAUAACUAAGCCAAUAGCAGUGGAUCUGUCUGUGCUGGAGGGACACCUUUCAUGGGAGGAUCUUUUUGAUCCUCCCCCACAACCACUGGCGACAGUGAAUGUUCUCCGUUGGUACAAACACAAGAGUGUGCGACGAGAGAGAGUGGUUGAGGGAAACAUCAGGGGAGCAAUCUUCACUCCUCCAGGACCUGGUCCCUUCCCUGGAGUGAUUGACUUGUUUGGCAGUGGGGGCGGACUGUUUGAUCACAGAGCAGCUUUAUUGGCUUCCAGAGGAUUCUGUGUGUUCGCUCUGCCAUUUUUUGCAUAUGAGGACUUACCAAAGUCUCUACCAGAUGUCUCAUUAGAUUAUCUAAUUGAAAGUACAGAAUGGUUUGCAGGAUUACCUAAAGUCAAGAAGGAUGGUAUUGGUAUUAUUGGACUCUCUAAAGGAGGGAUGUAUGCUCUAGAGCUGUGUAGACAGGUGUCCCAGAUAAAAGCUGUGGUUUUGGUGAAUGGUGUCUCAUUUUACUCUGAUGUUCCUCUGAAAUAUAGCAAAGGAGACAUUAUGAAUAGCGAAUUUAAAUUUGAUAAAAUUAUUACAACACCAGAGGGGAUAGAUUUAAAAGAAUGUUAUAAACCCACAGAUGAUGAAUUCAUAAAGGCAUGGGAGAGUGAAGCCAGUGUGUUGUGUAUCAAUGGAGAGGAUGAUGGAUCACUUGACUACAAGACCAAUGAACGCUUCCUGGAGCUGGUCCCUGAAGACCAGAAGCACCGGUUCCAGAUGAUCAAGUACCCCAGGGCUGGCCAUCUAAUUGAGCCUCCAUACACACCACACUGCCGCUAUUCCUUCCACAAAGUCUUCCAGUUUGAUUUUUUGUGGGGAGGAGAGACAAAGGGUCACAGUGUUGCCCAGGAGGAUUCUUGGAGGCGGAUCCUGGACUUUUUCUCCCACCAUCUAAACAGCAAACAGACAUUGAAUAACAGUGUUUAUAAGCCCGCCAGUAAACUUUAGAACUGGAGGGUGUGGAUCAAAGUAUUUUGUGCCCCAGGCAAUCAGUAAACUUUAGAACUGGAGGGUGUGGAUCAAAGAUCCAAAGAUGAAGAUCUACAUAGUCGUGCAUCAUAUUUAAAACAAUCGUCUGCCGAUUUAAAUUGCAGAGAAAAAUUAAAAUUGUGACUAAAAUGUGAUAGCAAAGCAAGUUUACCUCAAUUUUAGAAUCUACAAUAGAUACAUGUAGAUUGAUUCUAUUAUUAGCUCUAGUUGUGUGUGAGACAUUUCAUCUUAGUGUACAUGCCAUAUAAUGAACAACUGUCUAAUUGUUUUGGCAGUUAGUUUGGGUUUGUUAGUAUCUGUCUGUCUGUGUAUCUGUCACGAAUCAUAAUCAAUGGAUUGUACAUCUAUAUAAAGGUACAAGUAUCUAUAGUACACCCAUGGGAUGUGAAUGUUUAUUUACAUUCCCUGAUGUAUUUGUGAGAAAACACACUAAAAUGCCAUUUUUAUAUGAAUUAUAUAUCAUAUGAUAUUAAGAAAAUACUAAUUAUGUAACCAUGCACAUGUAUACAGUUUAAGUCAACAAAGACUAGUAACAAGUUUUUAUGCAUCCCUACAUCAGCGCGUCUUUUAACCACAAUGAACCACAUUGAUACCACAAUGAACUUUGUUAAGAUGAUAAAUGUUAUUCAAAAGGUAUAAAAUUUAAUUAAAGUUUAAAUUAAGGUCAGACACGACCUAUCAUCGUUAUUUUAACUUUUUUAUCUCCGCAAUGUGAAGAUUUCCAUUUCUGUAAUUCUAAAUGUACAUAUUCAUGUUAUUUGAUAAUUUUCUAUAUAAAUACAGUAUAUAGUUUAUGUUGAAAAUGUCAACGACAUUAUCAGUAAGCAUUCAAUUGCCUUUUGCAUGCUAUUAAUCCAAAAAAUCAAAAUAUCUAACUCCAAAAAUAGCCUGGUAAUGCACUCUGAAUUGCAAGUAAAGAAGAAAUGUUAUAUCAAGAAAAAAAAUCUUAACCUGAGGAACGUUGUGUUUGUCCAUAAAUAUAUCUUAAAAAUGUCUGACGGCAUGCUGUGUUACAUUUCCAAUUGUGUAUGUGUAUGUUCAGGUACACACGUCAUAUUUCAUUCAUUCAGAAUUCAAUUGUUUAGUACAUGUAACGUUAAGAUGGUGGUAUAUAUAAUAGAUGUGUAAAGCAUGAGUAAAAAAAACCCAUCUAUAUACAUGUACAUGCAUAAGGUAAAUUUUGAUAUAUACAUGUAAAUAUAAAUUGUAAAUAUUAUUAUUUAAUUAAAGCUUGAUAUAAUGAGUUAAGUUGUCGUAUUGUUUGACUUUUAAAGAAAUCAAACAUUAUAUGACAUUGAUUAAAUGGUUGAAUAAAAUAAUUUUACGAAUUUU